GCUUGCUACACACUCCACCCCCAGAAACUUUUCAAACAUACGAGUAGCCUAUUCACCAGUUAUGUCCAGCUGCUUUCACAGUAAACGGGCGUCCUCGAUAUCAUAACCGUAAACUCCUGGAGUCGACCUGAAAUGGACUUACAGAUUCAGAAUCUUAGGGACGAGAAGUCUUCGGUAGAAGAUGCGUUUCGGCAAACUGUUGCCGAGAUGGGGGGCAAGGAGAGAAUUCAUCUCGUGAGCAGCGUCUUCCAACCAGAAGACGUAAACCAACUAAAUGUUUUCGAGGAACUUGUAAAAGACUUGUUCUAUGACACGAUUCCUCUACGCCGAAGCAGAGCCGCCACAAGCAAAGAGAAACCCACUGAAUAUAAUAAGUGCAAUGGAAAAAAAGGGAACAUUGCAGCACGCGACAUGAAAACCUGCUGCGACUCCAGUGAGAAUUCAGUGCAAGUUCAGACAGCAGAGAACAGAGAAGUGCCAGGACAAAACGUGCAUCACAUACAAACUGAUGCAAGGCUAAAACCUGCGCAAGCCACCAUUGAUUCUCAAAUGAUAAUAUUUAUUUUCAAGCGCGAAUUUGUAAAUUGCUGCGAAAACCAUGCGUGUUUAAAAGAAAUAUUGAAAGAUGUGAGAGCUCGCACAAAACUAGCCAGUAUCCGACCUGCUCUGCUUGGCUUGGUGCGCACUACUGUCGAAAACGAAGAAAGCGAACUGUCAGUAGUUAUGUUGGAGUCCCUGAUGCGCUCUGUAUUCAAAAAACAUCCUACGGAGUCAAUAUGGGUUGGACAGUUCGUGCCGAACAAGGCGAACAGAAAUGUUACAAUAAAGAAGAAUGCUUGCAGAACUCUCCAAACAUCGCUUAAUUCAGAAUGUAUUGAUAACAGUCACAACCUGCCCUUGAUGCAAAAGUGUUUCCCGUGGACACCCAGAAAAAAGAUGAACUCAGCCAAGAUCUCCUCAAGCUACAGGCAUCAAGGUCUUCCAGAGAGUGUUGAAGGACUUCCCCUGAAGACAAGCUGCAUGACUGAUGAACAGUGCAAAGAAGACCAAUUGGAACCAGACUUUGGAGUCAGCAGUCUGGAUGGUAAUGCAGAACAGUCUCCGGGGCAACCUGUGACCUAGUGGAGUGGUCACUGCUGGCACCUCUUCAAAAUGUCAAAACUUUGAGGAUUUGGGGGGGGGGGGGGGGUCGGCGGGGGGGUUGGGGGGGAAACAAAAGUUUAGUUGUGGCUUGUGUCAGUUAACAAAUAAGACUGGCAAAAUAUUGAACUGGAGUCAUUUUCCAAAAAUGAAACAUAAAAAAUAUUGUUGAAUAAAGUAUAUUUAGUUGUAUUAAUUAAUUAUAACAUGUAACAUAAUUGGACGAUAAUUUAGGAAAUAUUUUGCAACCUUAAUUGAGCAAGAGAUUGGCUGUUACAAAAACCAGAGUACCCAGGGGUUCCCUGCACUAAAGUAGUGUUUCUCAGCUCCAGUCCUGGGGGCCUAUACUGUUUAUACUGGUUUUUGUUUCAACUAUAAUGCAAACUGUGUAUUGUAAUGAGCUGUUAAAUGUUCUUAAUUAGUACUUUUACAGUCUACUGACAAGUUAUUUACCUGCUUAAAGCCAGAUUAUGCCAGAAUAGCUAUGAUGCCCUAAAAAAUAAAUGGUGUAUGUUCACAUGA